AUGUCUGAAAAUCCUACCGAGCAGGUCAAAGAUACCGUUUACACCGCUGCAUCCACGUCCGGUGAAUGGGUGCAACAGAAUGUUGUGAAUCCAGUCCAAUCCUACGUAGGUGGGGAGAAAACUGAGGAGCUUGGCCAGACGACCGAACCUGAAAUAUGCGAUGAAGAGCACAGAGCGAUCGACAGUCUAGACAAGGAGAAAAUAGAGGCAUUUCUCCGAGAGAAACACAAGAGCAACGCUGGGACGAAGCGGAAGUGA